AUGGAUCAGGCCUCCAGGUCCAGCACAUCUGUGCUGUCAUUCAGCAGCUCUCAAGUGGGACCACCUGCCCAGUCUCCCAUCUCAGACCCUGAGCCUGAGCCCUCCAUCUCAGACCCUGAGCUUGACUUCCCCUUCUCAGAGUCAGAGACCGAGUCUCCCAUCCCAGACCCUGAUCCUGAGUCCCCAAUCACAGAUUCUGAGCCUGAGUCCCCUAUCUCAGACUCUGAGCCUGAAUCCUCCAUCUUAGACCCUGAGACCGAGUCACUCUUCCCAUACUCAGAGACCAAGUCUCCCAUCCCAGACCUUGAUCCUGAGUCCCCCAUCUCAGACUCUGAGACUGAAUGCCCCAUCUCAGACCCUGAGCCCAAGUCUCCCACCUCCACUCCACCACACCCUCUGCCCCAGUUCACCAUCCCAGACCUGGAGCCUCACCUUCACCUCGCUGCAGGGCCCGCCGCUGCCUCUUCCAGCCCUAGUCACUGUUGCCUUAAGUUUGCCAUCUAG